GUUUAUUCUCUGUUUACAUUUUCAUUGAUGUUUUGUUUCGAAACGUUUUAUUUUCUGAUGAAAACAAUGGAAACUCCUGCUGCAAUUUUGAAUCAAAUUGUCAUUGAUAAUAUUACCGAUGCUGUAUAUACAUUGUUACCUUGUAAAGGUAAAUUAUUUCAAUAUCGUUGUGAAGUAAAAGGCCAUAUCGAAGAAGCAUUAGGCCAAUCGAAAAAGAAAGCCAAACAAGCUGCAGCGAAAAAAAUGGUAAUUUAUCUUUUAAAUGAUUCAAAACUUACAAUCGCCGGCAAUCUUGAUCAGAUUCAUGCUAUACUUGAUCAAUAUGAUGAAGUUGGUGCAUCCAAUGAAUUGAAGGAGAAAAAAGAAGCUACCCAAAUUCAACAGCCUUCAUCGAAUACUAUUAGUGAUUUGCAAAUAUUGUGCUCACGAAAACGAUGGGAAUCACCAUCAUACAAUGAGGUCGAAACCAAGGGAAUGCCACACGAUCGAGUGUUUGUUAUCGAAUGUUUCAUUAAAGAAAUGAAUUUAUCUGCCACUGGUUCUGGUAAAUCUAAACAACAAGCUAAACAUGAUGCUGCAUCAAAAAUGAUGGCCAUUUUGAAGAAUGAAAAUUUAGAUAAAUCAGACGAAAUUUUAGAUCAUCAUAGUAAACGAAACAAAGUUUUUGAAUAUCAACCUAAAACAAAAUUUGAUAUACCAAAAGCAAUCGAUGAUUUUCUCAAGAAUGAAGAAAAAAAUCAACUUAAAGCUUAUAAUACGUUUAAUUUUUUUGCAAAAAUCACAUCGGAUGCUGAAAAAAUGGGAAAGAUGAAAAAAUUAAUACCGAAUGGCAUUGAUUUUAUACAACAUUUUUUCGCCGCUGAUGAAACCGUUGAUUCUAACAAUAUUGAAAUAUUGGCAGCAAAUAUAGCUCAAAUAUUCGAUUGUAAACUUGUACUAUCAUGUUUGCCAGAUAAAUCAUCUGUUGGUCAAUAUCAAUAUUUGGCUGAAUUUUUUACCACUGAUGAAUCUCCCGGUACAUUGCCAUUGAUUACUGUUUGGGGUGCCGAUAAUGAUUUGAUUAUGGCACGUAUUAAAUCCGUACGAUAUUUGAUAUUGCAAAUUGUAUUCUAUCUUUCAAUCAAUGAAAAUUUUAAUUGUCAUUCUGAAAAUGAAUAGUCAACCAUUUGAGUCAAACCGUUUAUCAUAUCAUUAUCAUUUUUGGCCACUGUUUAUGGAACAUCAUAUUUUUUUAAAAUCAUCAAAAAACAUUUACAUUGCUUAAAUUCACCACUUUUUUUUUUUGAAUAUUUACCUAUACACAUAUUGAUAUAACAUUACAAGAAUUCAUUGUUUCGUUUCUAUGAUUCUCUAUUUUGAAUAUCGCUAACUAAAAUAAACCAACAACAUCAUCAUACAUAUAA